AAACCCGAAGCCACGCCGAGGGGUUUAAAUCUGGGUAGAGUUCCCUGGUGUUUAUUUCGGUGUAUAAUUAUAGAUUAAACCAGACACCAGGCGUAGUGCUUUAAAUAUUGGUAUGUGGUGUUAACUUUGAAUUUGACAUUCGAAAUUCUUUGAGUUAUGCUACAGGAAGUAUAGCCCGGUUAACAAAUUCCGAUGCAGAGCUGUUAGGUCCGGAUUUUUAUUGUGCUAAAGUGGACGAAAAUUAUUUAAAGUCUUAAAUAAAUCCACAAGUUAGGGCGGAAAAAAAGAUUUCCAGGACUUGCAAGUUCAACUCGUCUGUUUACACUGAAGGUUGUUGACUGGUAUUUAGAUCUCCUUACUCCCACCACAGCAGACGACAGGGACUGGACGAGGGUGACGCAUCCAAUCGCGGGCAAGCGAGACCUGAGCAGAAAACAAACUUGUUGAGGCGCACAGUCCGGUUGACAGAGGACCUCUUGUGUCGUGGGGGGAAAGACGGUAAACAAGCGAGCCUUGUUGUGUUUGGGGUUUCCAUCACGCCGAAAAAGGUGAGCAAAUACAGCGCGGAAGUAAAGGAAACGAGCUACUAGCAAAAGGUGCGAUGGACACAUUCGUCAGUGAUCAAUGAAUUAAAACACCUUGAGCCACUGUGCUUGUUGCUUCCAAUACAACAAGUUAUAGUAAAACAGUAUGGAUUAAUUUCAUAUCUUGAAUCUAUUUUGUAAACCAUCCAGGCAAUAAAAUAAUAAACUGAACACGCGACAACGCUCAACACAGGGAUAUUGUUUAUUCUGUGUUGUAUUAUUCAAAUUUUGAAGAACUCGAUGACAGUGUAAAUUGCCCAGGUGAUACAAAGGUUUUCAGCCAACCAUGAAACCAUUGAGGUCGUUGUGUCCGGUUGUGACAGUGUCAGUGCUGGUCCUCCUCACGUGUUGCGUCUGCGCUGCCCAAAUAAACCAGCAGACUUCAGUCAAAGAACAACCAUUUAAACUUGAGUGGUCCUCAAAGAACAUGCCGGUUACUGUCAAAAAGAGAACACCUCAUUCAGAAACAGAGUUUUAUUGUGGUGUCCAGCCUGACAACUUUGAAAGGUGGUAUUUAUACGAGAGCAAGAUAACUCUAAAGUGGCUAAAGAAUGGAAAGCCAGUGGAUAAAGAUAACAGACUUAAGAAAAUUGGCUGGUCUCUGCACAUUAAAGAUCUGAAAGUUUCAGACAGUGGAACCUACACUUGUGUGGUGCAGUUAAAAGAGCUCAACAUGGAGAUGCAAUGGCAGUUUUUUCUUGAUGUUUAUGCUGCAUCCACAAGCAUCCCAAUAGUUGAACCUUUACGUAAUCAAACAGCCAAGCUGGGAGCCACUGCAACGUUUAACUGUGUGACCCAGACAGCCAAUGUAGAGAUGACGUGGUUAAAACUGAAUUUCAUCAACGGAAGUUGGGGUGAAGGCCCGCUUCAUUCUGAUGACCCACACAUCACCAAAUUAAUAGAAUGGAAUGCAACUCACCAUCCGCUUGUAUUGGAGAAUGUGCAAGAAAACGAUGAAGGCUGGUAUGUGUGUUUACUAAGAAAUAACCUGGGAGAGAACCAUCAGGCAGCUUACCUCAGUGUUGUACAAGAUGAAAAGCCAGUGUCUAGUCCUGUAUUGGAGAGCAAGCCAACACAAAACUUGGACCAGUUCAUACUCAUCAUUGGCAUUUGCUGUGGGGUUGCUGUUUUGCUUGUUGCCGUGGCUGUCAGCGUCAGUAUUUACUGCUACAAAAUAAAAAAACUGAAAAUGGAGCGUCUUCAACUGUAUCAUAAAAAUGAAGCCCCAACUUCUCCCCUGUUGUCAGUCAGCUGUGGACCCAUCCCAACCUCAUCAUCAAGACCUAUCAUGCCUAUAGAUAAUGCAUUAGAGUUUCCUAGAGAGAGAUUGGACAUUCAAGAAAUAAUUGGUCAAGGUGCAUUUGGUGUGGUCAAGAAAGCAUCAGCAUUUGGAAUUGGAGAAAACUCUAAGUCAAGUAUUGUGGCAGUAAAAACAUUGAAAGAUGAUGCAACAUAUCAAGAACAUUGUGAGUUCAUCAAGGAAGUGGAUGUGAUGAAAACUGUUAAAAAGAUGGGUUAUCAUAUCAACAUUGUCAACUUCCUGGGCUGCUGUACACAAAAUGGUCCUUUGCUGAUGAUUGUUGAAUAUUGCAAGAAGGGAAACCUCAGAGACUACUUGCUAUCAUUUCGAACACGACCAUGGAGCAUAUCUGGAUGGAAAGAGGAUGGUGAUGUUUACAUGCAAGGAGUAGACAUAGAGGAAGCAGAAAAUGCUAAAAAUUUGCUCUCUCAGAAAAUACUUUUAUCAUUCAGCCAUCAGAUUGCUAGAGGAAUGGAAUUCUUGUCUUCAAACAAGUGCAUUCACAGAGACCUGGCAGCGAGAAAUGUUUUGGUGACGGAGGAUAAUGUUCUAAAAAUAGCUGACUUUGGUCUGGCUCGUAAUGGAGACUAUUACAGGAAAACUUCAGGGGGUCAGUUCCCAGUAAAGUGGAUGCCCCCUGAGGCUUUGAUUGACUUUAAAUACACUGUAAAAAGUGAUGUAUGGUCCUUCGGUAUUGUGAUGUGGGAAAUAUUUUCUCUUGGUGGGAUGCCAUAUCCAACUAUUCCACACCAAGACCUGUACAACAAACUCAUUAAAGGAUAUAGGAUGGAAAAACCACCCUUGGCUCCUGAUUCUUUAUAUGAUACAAUGAAGAGAUGUUGGAAUCAUUUUCCUGAUGACCGACCUGACUUCACUACACUUGUUUUAAUUUUGGAAAGGCAGCUUGUUAGAGUUUCAAAUGGGGGAUAUUUGGAAGUCUUGGCUGAUGAUUCGUGAUAUACUUUGCAACUUUUUUGAACAUUGAAAUCCAGUGAUUGGCUGUUGUUUUAUAAUAUUAGUCUAGAUGCAUAGUUAACUAGUGUGCUAUAUUGCUUCAAGUUCAGUCAAAUAUUUUAAAAAAAUAUUUUGGCUAGGAUUUAAUUUAAAGUAUAAAAAUAAUUUAAUAUAUUAUGUACAAAGUUCAGAAAUGUUUAAAAUACUUUUUUUUUAAAUUGCUUAUUAAACUGAUUAAUAGAACUGAAAAGAUAGCCUAAUCUUUUCUAGUUUAAAAAAUAUUGUUGAAUACUGUAUAUAUAUUUAUUACUUUUAGUUAAACUAUAACAAAACAGAAUUUAUUUUUCCGUACAAAUUAUGUUCAUAUUUUAUUUAUUUGUACAAAUCCAACAAUAAUUUUUGUUCACUUUGCCUUGUGGCUGUUUAUUACAAAAAUUAUUUAUACUUUUCUAAAAAUUUUAUGUUCAUUCUCUUGUUGAUAAACUAGAUGUAACAGAUUUUUUUUUGUGUUCAAUUGAUAAUGUGCCAUUAAAACAAAGUUUUAUUUUUAUGUAAUUGAGAUACAGUUACUUUAUCCUGAAGAUUUAUUUGACAUUGCAAAUAUUAAAGCUUCCACUACUCAGUUUCAAUUAAGAAUAAGUCUUAAAUUUAUAAUUUAAAAAAAUUGCUUUAUAAUUUAAAUUUUGAAACAAAGUGAUGCAGUUUAUAGACAGGCAAGACCACAGUUGUGUUAGUGAAAAUCAAUUCCAAAAUGUGAAAUUGUUGAGCUUUUAGAAUACCUUUAUUGUUUAAAUUACAUUAUAAUUUGUUAUUUUAUUAGUAUUAUAACUAAUGUAUUCACUUCAAUAUAGUUUAUUACUAUGCAUUCAUGUGUUCAUUCAUCUUUUUAUAUACAUUAGGAAUGGACAAACAGAUAAUUGGAUUGCAUUUUGCACCCAGCUGUGUAUUAAUUAGCAGAAAUUUUAUAAUGUACAUAUCACAACAGAAAGUUGUAUUAUAAAAGUGCCUUUUAUUGUUUUAUUUUUUGACUCAAGAUACCUUUGUGUUCAACAUGUAUUAUAUAUUUUUUAUGUGUUCACUUUGUAUUAUACACUUACUUUUCCCAGUUCAGCUUUUUGCAAACAGGUUUUUAU